AUGUCGCAGCCGGGCAGCGCUAGUGUGCCGGCGCCGCAGACCGAGGGUGCGCCGAAGGACGAGGCCGUGCUGCCGCAGCCUGCUGUGCAGGCACGGCCGACGCAGCGCAUGCUGCACCCGUCGAUCAUCAUUGCCAUUUGGAUUGCGUUCAGCAGCGGCGUCAUUGUGUACAACAAGUACCUGCUCGUGAACCUCAAGUUCCCGUACCCUGUGUUCCUUACCACGUUCCACAUGGCGUUUGCCGCGGUCGGAACGCGCGUGCUUGCGCGCUACACGACGCUGCUCAAGGGCCUGUCGAGUGUGGAGAUGACGCUGGACCGCUGGUACCGCAACAUCUUGCCGAUCGGCGCGCUGUUCUCCGCGAGUCUGAUCCUGAGCAACAUGGCGUACCUAUACCUCAGUGUGCCGUUCAUCCAGAUGCUCAAGGCGUUCACGCCGGUGGCUGUGCUCAUGAUCUCGUUCGCGUUUGGCCUGAAGCAGAUGUCCACGACGCUCACGGGUAUCGUGCUCAUGAUCUCGUUCGGUGUCGCUACGGCAUCGUACGGCGAGCUCGAGUUCAACAUGACGGGCUUUGUGUACCAGGUGCUCGCGAUCGGCUUCGAGAGCACGCGCCUCGUCAUGGUCCAGGUGCUCCUGCAGGGCCUCAAGAUGGACCCGCUCGUCAGUCUGUACUACUUCUCGCCGGUAUGCGCGGCAUUCAACAUGCUCAUCCUGCCGUUCAUGGAGGGCCUGGCGCCUUUCCGCGCGCUCGCGCAGCUCGGCCCGCUCGUGCUCCUGUCGAACGCCGGCGUCGCGUUUGGUCUCAAUGUUGCCUCGGUGUUCCUCAUUGGCGCCGCGACAUUUUGCUCAUUCUCGGCUCCAUGUGGAUCCUCGGCAGCACCGUGA